AGGCAAAAGGACUUGGACUGAAAAUACUAGUAGAUAGAAUCCUCGAAUACUAAAACCCUAAAAACUGUAGGUUUCAUUCUCUUCUGGGUUUCAAAUUUCCUUCGGAGAAAAGAACACAGGGACCCUUUGCUUUCGCCUCAGAAUCUCUCUUCAUUCAGGUGUUUAAUUCUGCACAAUGUCGCGUGUAUAUGUUGGAAACUUGGAUCCACGGGUCACUGAGCGAGAACUCGAAGACGAGUUUCGCGUUUUCGGAGUUAUUCGAAGUGUUUGGGUUGCUCGGAGACCUCCAGGCUAUGCUUUCAUUGAUUUCGAUGAUACCAGGGACGCCAAAGAUGCCAUUCAUUCUCUGGAUGGUAAAAAUGGCUGGAGAGUUGAGCUUUCUCAUAAUUCUAGAGGUGGGGGUGGAGGUCGUGGUGGUGGGAGAGGCGGUGGAAGAGGUGGAUCUGAUUUGAAGUGCUAUGAGUGUGGUGAGCCUGGUCACUUUGCUCGUGAAUGUCGUUUACGUGUUGGUGGUGGAGGAGGGGGGAGGCGUCGCAGCCGCAGUCCAAGAUACAGGAGGAGCCCAAGUUAUGGCAGAAGGAGCUUCAGUCCACGUGGUAGGUCUCCACCUCCACGCCGUCGUAGCCCCUCACCCCGUGGAAGAAGCUACAGCAGGUCACCUCCAUAUCGUGCUCGUGAAGAACUGCCUUACGCAAAUGGAAAUGGUGUCAGGGAGCGACGUCGGAGCAGGAGCUGAUUGGGGUGGUUUACUAUGAAAAUACUGAUAUUAAGUCUUUAGUAUGCUUGGACAUCAUUCAACUCUGUUUAAAGCUGGGUGCUGCCUGCAACCACAAAUCUUGGAUUUGGUUAAGUUCUUAUCUUUCUGUGUUGAUUAGUAUUUUUUAUGUUGCGUAUAGAAGCAAUCUGUUUCAAACUCAAUGAAUUGGUGCUUGUUAGUGUUAACAAUUUGCUCUUUAGUACAUUGCAAAAUUGGCUAAGUUUUGUACUGUUUUCUUGUGUCGAGGUUGUCUUCAUGGUUCUGCUACAUUGGUAGUGUGCCUCUUCUGCUUCUGCGUCAUUGGUUUUCUGCUUCUACACUUCCCUGUGGUUUUGUUGCUCGCUGCCUUCCCCAGGAUCUUCAAUUUUGAAUUAUUGUGGAUCCCGGCUGGCUUCAUCACUUGGAAAAGCCUGCUUAAUUGAAUCUCGGCAGCAUGAUGCAUCUCCCUCCCCUCUGGUUUUGUGCCUUGCUGUCUUCCCUAGGAUCUUCAAUUUUGAUUAGUUGUGGAUCCCAGCUGCCUUCAUCAAAGCUUACUUGAUUGAAUCUCACCAGCAUGAUGCAUCUCCCUCAUACGUUAUUACAACUUUUUUUUUGUUUUUGCCUGGAUAGACAAGCUGCUUGUUACUCUUCUGGCAGGUACAAGCAUAUAAGAAGUUGAGGUUUUUCAAGACCUAAUUGUUUCAGUUGUUCUUAUUAAUUGGGUUUCCAUGCGUAGGUUAUUUAAAGUACGACGACUAAGUUGUGGAGCAAGUGGCAACUUUGGGGGUUCUGUUGCUUCGUAGGCUCAUUGCUUCAGUUUUUUUUCCCUAUGCUUGGGUUGGGUAUAGAGAGGUGGGGGGGGGGGGGUUGCUGUAGUUAUUGAAUGUGAGUUUCUUUUUCCACUUCACAAAAGUGUACUGCCUCCCAUAGUGUGCACAAUAUCGAUAUUGUGCUAUGAAAAGAAGUGACUGCAAGAAUUAGUGAACAAUAACUAUUUUUUCAAAGAUUUGAUGCGUGAAUUUCCUACAGAGUUUAGUGAUUUUCCUGGACCUUUUCUAUCGUUUUAGUUUGGUGCCAUGGCGUUGGUGGUUAGUUUAAGGGUAUGUUUGGGUCAGAAAUUAUGUUGUUGAUGGACUUCACCUGGAGCUGGUUAGUGGUUUUGCUUUGAAAGAACUCUUAUUGCAUUUUGGUUUUGUUUCCAUGUCUAAUUCUUGGAAAAAACUCCAAAAUGUAGCUAUUAACUAAUUUUCAGUUGUAUAUCUCAGAUUUUAUUUGGACAUGCUUUUAAUUGAUAUUCUGGGAACAAUAUUCACUA